AGUGCUGAUGUUGAGAUAAGGACUUGAAAUUGUAUUGUAAAAACUAAAAACAUUUAAUUCCGUAAUUUCCGUAUUUACAAAAAUAAUAUUUUCCACUGAAUCAUUGUUUAUUUUAAAAAUAAGAUAUAAAUCUAUCGGAUACAAUAUUUUAAUUUAAAAAAAGUAAGGACAAUUUUAGAUAACCAUGAAAAAAGAAGAAGUUCAAGAAAUUUUCCUGAAAAUUUUAAGAGAAGAAGAAGAUGUUUCUGCUGGAGUAGCAGCUAUUAGAACACUUCUUACAGUAAUAGAAAAUUAUAAAGUGGCAACUGUAAGGGAACUUGAUCUGAAUCUACAGCUUGCCGUGGAUGCUAUGCGACACUGUGAUCAGCCUGUGACAGCUAUAUCCUCAGGGUGUGAACUCUUUAUGAGGUUCAUCACAUUUACCAAACUUGAUGUUAAGUCAUUUGAAGAAUGUGAACAAAUCAUGUUACAAAGAGGACACAUAUUUUUCGAAACAUUACUCGAAGCUAGAGGGAAAGUUGCUAAACAAGCAUUACCUUUUAUUAGCGAUGGUUGUAAAAUUCUGACACAUUCCAAAUCAAGGGUAGUUCUUCAAGCGAUGCUGGAAGCAGCAAAAGCUAAUAAAAGAUUUCAUGUUUAUGUCACAAUGUCUGGUCCGGACAAUAGCGGAGUGCUGAUGCACAAGCAGCUAGUAGCCGGCGGAGUAGACGCGACGCUGAUCUUAGACGCGGCCGUCGGUUACAUCAUGGAGCAGGUGGACAUCGUGAUGCUCGGCGCUGAGGGAGUCACCGAGAGUGGCGGCAUUAUUAAUAAGAUUGGUACAUACAGUUUAGCGAUGUCGGCAUUAGAACUGAAGAAGCCCGUCCACGUGCUGACAGAAAGCUUCAAAUUUUCGAGAAUAUAUCCGCUCAACCAACAGGACUUGCCCAAUGAAUUUAAAUACUUAUCGAGUGUCUUGAAAAGUGGCAAGGAUCUCUCGAAAGAACAUCCGCUUGUUGAUUACACACCACCUGCUUAUAUUACGCUACUUUUUACGGAUCUAGGAAUUCUUACCCCGUCAGCAGUGAGCGACGAACUAAUAAAGUUGUAUCUAUAAGAGGAAUUGUAUUUAAUAAUAAAUUUUAUAUAAUGU